AUGUCUAAAGUUUUCCAGGCUAGUAAAGGUUUGAUAAGAAUUAUGCAACCGAGGGGUCAAGGGUUAACAAGGAUUACGUCAACUACCAAGAGAGUGGAGAAGGUUUUGCAACAUGAAUCCGUUACAAAAUUCUCUCCACUUAGUUUGCCUGUCCGAGGACUAAAACACCAACCGAUACAGUUUAAAAAGGCUCCAAUGGACUACCCGCCGUUGACUGGAUCUGAUCUCUGGAAGCGGAAAGUACGCACAUAUUUCAAGUGUUUUGAUGUAAACGGUGACGGCUACAUCACAAAAGAAGAUUAUAUAUUAAGUGCAAGACGCUGUGCCGAGUAUUUGGACCUUGAUGAUGAGAGAACAGAGCAUGUUCUAAAUCAGCGCAUCAGGCAAUGGGAAUAUAUGACGAAAAAUGCUUCCAAGGUAUCGGAGGAAGAAUACGUGGAAAUGGUUCAAGUGUUGUGUAACCAAAAACACUUUCGGGAGGAGUUUUUUUUGGCUGUGGUAUCAAUGUCUUUUACUGUCACUGACAUAAAUGGCGAUGGUCUCAUUUCCAGUGAGGAGUACAAAGCUUAUUUCUAUAGCUUAGGCCUUUCCGCCGAGGCGUCGCAAAAAGCAUUCCACCUGAUAGACAACAACAACGAUGGUUUUAUAACAGUAGACGAAUUUGGGCAUGCAAUAGCCGAAUUCUUUUUUACCGAAGACCCAAGUAACAUAUACAACGAAGUAUUCGGUGCACUGGCUGAUUAA